UAUUGACAGCGAACAUAAAAAGGACAUGAAGCCCCGCCGUUUGAAACGACACUUAGCUGGCUAAUUAGCUAGCUCGUUAAACCGCGGACACCAUUGUCCUCAUAAAUCAUUGACGCCUAAUGAUUUAACUUAUCGUAAACCCGGGGCAUUUAUGUAGUUAACUGGUCGUUUCUUUUCAAUGGCGUUCAAUGGCCACCAGCGCGACGAUGAUACUGUCGACGAAGAUGAAACGCCUUCGAAGCAGCCGCGGUCCAACAAGGAGAUGCCCGGCUAUUUCCGAAGCGAGCCCGGCAGCGAGGCGGCCGCGCCCGCGGGGAGAGCCACACCCGACCGACGCAGCUCCAACGCGACGGCGAGGCAUCGGAGCGACUCGGUGAAGAAGACAAGGCCGCCAUUUCCCUGGUUUGGGAUGGACAUUGGAGGCACUCUGGUGAAGCUGGUGUACUUCGAGCCCAAAGACAUCACAGCGGAGGAGGAGCAAGAAGAGGUGGAGAAUCUGAAGAGCAUCCGACGCUACCUGACCUCCAACACUGCCUAUGGCAAGACGGGCAUCAGGGACGUGCACCUCGAGCUGCAGGACCUGACGCUCUGCGGCAGGACGGGCAACCUGCACUUCAUCCGCUUCCCCACACACGACCUGCCAGCCUUCCUGCAGAUGGGCCGCAACAAGCACUUCUCCAGCCUCCACACCACCCUCUGCGCCACCGGAGGGGCGUACAAGUUUGAGUCCGAUUUCCGUACGAUGGCGGACCUGCAGCUGCACAAGCUGGACGAGCUGGACUGUUUGAUUCGGGGGGUGCUGUACAUCGACUCGGUGGUGUCCAGCGGCCCCUCGGAGUGCUACUACUUUGAAAACCCCACAGAGCCCGACCGCUGCGUCCAGAAGCCCUAUACACUGGAGAACCCCUAUCCCCUGCUGCUGGUCAACAUCGGGUCUGGGGUCAGUAUCUUGGCCGUCUACUCCGAGAACAACUACAAACGAGUCACUGGGACCAGCCUCGGCGGUGGGACCUUCCUCGGCCUGUGCUGCCUGCUGACCGGCUGCUCUACUUUCGAGGAAGCCCUGGAAAUGGCUUCUCUGGGGGAGAGCACCCGCGUGGACAAGCUGGUCCGGGACAUCUACGGAGGAGACUAUGAGAGGUUUGGACUGCCGGGCUGGGCUGUGGCCUCAAGUUUUGGCAACAUGAUGUCCAAAGAGAAGCGCGAGUCUGUUUCCAAAGAGGACCUAGCCAGAGCAACGCUGGUCACCAUCACCAAUAACAUCGGCUCCAUCACCAGAAUGUGUGCUCUCAACGAGAACAUUGAGCGAGUGGUGUUUGUUGGGAACUUUCUGCGAGUCAACACCCUCUCUAUGAAGCUCUUGGCUUAUGCAAUGGACUACUGGUCCAAAGGCCAGCUCAAGGCGCUUUUCCUUCGACACGAGGGUUACUUUGGUGCGGUUGGAGCCCUGUUGGAGCUUCUGCAUCCGUCCUAAUCCAUCUGAACUACAUCCAAAGAAGCACCUGUCAAUCUGCUGCAAAGACCAUUAGCACUUUAGACUGUUCACAAUCGAUUCCACAGUGGAUUGUCACGCCAGCCGCCCUCCAGGUACUGGUCGGCUCACAUUCAGAGGUCCUGUUAUGUACUCGGAAAUGAAGCUGGUUUGUGAAAGUGAAUUUAGAGCAUUUUUUCCACACGUCUGCUGUUGUGGUCGGUGAAUGAAAGUUGGUUUCCUGCCUGAAUUUGUAGAUACGAGCCAGGUUUGGUCCGAAACCUCUCAAGGAAAAUCACCAGGGUUGCCUGAAAUACUUAAUUUAAGAAGCACUUGUGGUCAGGUAGUCUUGUCUUGUUGACCGCGUUUACCCCCCAGUGGGUAUCAGGUUCUGGGCCAAAUAUUUGCAACUACUUUUAACUGUUUAUUUUAGCCAACUUGGGUACCAGGUGGAUGGACGUAUAUGCAAGGAAAGAAUCGUUUACGAGUAGGUUUGAUGUUGUUUGAAUGUUAGAAAAUAGUGAAAAAUGCCUCGCUUAAAUUUCCAGAACCAAAAAAAUGAAACUGCAUGUUCGAAACGCCAAUAUAUUUAUUUCGGGUUCCAGAUUGCAGUAAACAUUUGCAUUAGAGGAGGGUUUUUGUGAGUUUUUAAUGGAAAAUACUUAAAUUCUAAAAUUCAAUGUAAAAAUGCAUCUUUAAAGAGCAUUUCCUAUUUCAGUGACAGAAAUAUUGCACAAAUAUUGACCAAACUGUCUAAAAUUAAUACCGUUUAAGGAGGUUAUACCUUAAACUGUGAUUUUUUUUAUUUUUAAUUGGCACCCCAGAUUCCGCAUAGUUCUAAGAAACUAAGAUAUCGAAACAACAUUGGUUACUCUUGUAAAAGGGUAAAAACACUCUAUUUUCAAGAUUCAGUAACUUUAUGGUCCACAUUGAGCUUUCAUCCACCUGGUACUUUUGCUAGAACACUGCAAAUCAUUUACAACCACUAAAUCUUAACCUUUUAUCAUCUGUGAAUGUUUAUUCAUCAUCAUCUGUUGGAUUUGAACUGAGAACGGUGAACUAUUUUUACACAGUUAAUGCAAAAAAAACAAUCAAUUCUUCCUCACUGAGUCACAUUUAAAGUUACUUUUCACCCAUUCAUAAACUGUUACUGUUAUCGAAUGUGUUUGAUCGUUUUUUUAAAAUGGUUUCUGUCCCCAUGAACGGUCAAUAUUUCACUGUUGCAUAAAUGCUUGUGAAUGCAUUUGCUUCAUUUGUAAAACUGCAGCACCAUGUGCACUGCUGAAGUGCCCUAAAGCCACUGCAUCCUUCUGCUUUGGAAGAUAUCUGCACAGAUAAAAGUGCACAGAAAAUGUGGGCAGAAAUUAGGACAUUUAGUCAGUCAGUUUCCCCAGGUGCAGACUUGUAAAAGAGGUGACCCUAAAUCAGCUGUUGAUGUUUAGCAUGUAUGCACUCAUGUACUGUUAAAUGCCCAUCUUGGUCCAAUAAUCCUCCUUAGGGUUUAUUUUUUUAGGAAAUAUCUAGUAAUUUAGACCUAGGAGAUUGAACCUGUGAGUUUUUUUUGUUGUUGUCCAAAACCUUUCAUUUAAUGUUAAUCCGUCCUAUUUUACUGUCAUUUCUUUGCUCACUAUUCAGUCCAAACAUGAUAUACAGGGACCACAAUAAAUCCUAAACUACCUAAUGAAGACAUUUCAUCACUAAAUGUGUUUUUUUCAGUUGUCAGCUACUGGAGAUAAAACACCUGCAAAUUGUACAUACAGCAAGUUGAGUUUAAAUUAAGUGCCUAUCAUUUUUUCCCUAUAGAAUACAAUACUAUAUUUAGCAAUGUGAUUUUAAAAAUGGAAAAACCAAUGUGUGUUUCUAAAGGUUCCCAACUGUUGUUUUCUUGUAACGUUGCAAAGAAAACUUUGUACUUUUUUUGUAACCGAGUGUUGUCACAUUUCUUAUUGGAUUUCCCUAUUAAAUAGGAAUUCUGUAUA